UCAGUCGUCCCCACGCUCUGUGGGCCGCGACGCGAGCGACGAUGCUCGCUCGAGGCUUUCUUCUUUUUGCUCCGGGAGUGCCACGCAAAGUAGCCACGAGCUUCUCCUUCUCCUCCUUCUCGUCGUCGUCGUCGUGGAAGGUGCGAGGUCGGUCGUGCGGCAGCGCAUCAGCAUCCCCCCGCAGCCUCCACAGAGCCUGACACGCAUGCCAAGUAAAGAAGCCGUUUGAGGAGCGGGGAGCGGCGACCUCUCGCUUGGUCGUUUUUCUUCGUUGCAAUCUUCGGGCCAUUCGCAGCGCGGACAAGUCAAAAGUUGCGCAUGGCUCUGGUCAUGGAGCCCGUCAGCAAGUGGAGCUCGGGCCAAGUGGUGGACUGGAUGCAAGGACUGGACGACUGCCUGCAGCAGUACAUCAAGACCUUCGAGAGGGAGAAAAUCGGGGGGGACCAGCUUCUGCGCAUCACCCACCAGGAGCUGGAGGACUUGGGAGUGUCCAGGAUCGGCCAUCAGGAGCUCAUCCUGGAGGCGGUGGACUUGCUGUGUGCGCUGAAUUACGGACUGGAGACGGAGAAUCUCAAGACUCUGUCUCACAAGCUCAACGCGUCGGCCAAGAACCUGCAGAACUUCAUCACGGGGAGGCGCCGCGGCGGCCAUUACGACGGCCGAGCCGCUCGCAAGCUACCCAACGACUUCCUGACGUCCGUGGUGGACCUGGUCGCCGCCGCCAAAAGCCUUCUGGCGUGGCUGGACAGGUCACCGUUUGCUUCCGUGGCCGAUUACGCCGUCACCAGGAACAACGUGAUCCAGCUCUGCCUGGAGCUGACUACAAUUGUCCAGCAGGAUUGUUCCGUAUAUGAAACGGAGAACAAAAUCCUUCAUGUGUGCAAAACCCUCUCGGACGCGUGCGACCACAUCGUCUCGCUGUCGUCGGAUCCUGUGGCGUCGCAGGCUGCGCACCUGCAGGCGGUGCAGCUGCCCAACGUCAAAUCCACCGAGGGCCUGGGCAUGUAUAUCAAGUCGACGUAUGACGGUUUGCACGUCAUCACUGGGACGACGGAGGGCUCUCCGGCGGACCGCUGCAAGAAAAUUCACGCCGGAGAUGAAGUCAUUCAGGUCAAUCAUCAGACAGUGGUGGGCUGGCAACUGAAGAACUUGGUGAAGCUCCUGCGCGGCGACCCGACGGGCGUCAGCCUGACGUUGAAGAAGCGCCCGCAGAGCACGCUCACGUCCACUCCUGCUCUGCUCAAGAACAUGCGCUGGAAACCGUUGGCUCCGCAACCGCCGCUGUACCCCCAGAGCCCCGGCAGCAGCGCCGCCACCCCGACCAGCACUUUGAGCACUCCGUCCAGGCGGGGCAGCUGCGCCCUGCAGGACCUCUACAUCCCGCCUCCUCCGGCGGAACCUUACGCUCCCAGGGACGACAAGUCCAGCCUCCAGCGUGACGAGUCUCCGCCCGACCGCGUCCGUCCCGGCGAGCGUUCCGACUCGCCAAAUUCUUACCUGGACCAGGAGUGUCGGGGGCAGUUCCCGCUGGUGGAGGAGGACUCCAUACUGUACUGCUACGAGUACGACCGCGACCGGGAGGUGUCGUCGCUCCGCAGGGGCGGCACGCCCACCUACAGCAGACUCAGGCCCAUCUCCAUGCCGCUGGAGUACAACUGGGCGGCAGAGGAUGACGAGGACCUGGCCAAGAUCAAGCGAGAGAGCAGGAGAGAAAAUUGGCUGCUGCGUUUCACCGGCGAGGACAACGGCGGGGGCGAAGAACUGGGCCCGGGUCACGGCCGGAGGAAUCCGGACGCCCGCUACACGCUGAUCCCGGCCCUCCAGAUGGAAGUUUCCCCGUCGGCAUCCGGCUCCGACUCGACGUCCCUCUACCACGUGUUGGAGCGCUCGUCGCUGUCGUCGAGGUCAAAGAAGAAGAGCAAAGGCGGAAGCCCCGCGGCCUCGGUCAGCAAGCGGCGGAUCUCCUGCAGGGACUUGGGUCGGGGCGAGUGCGAGGGCUGGCUGUGGAAGAAGAAGGACGCCAAAAGCUAUUUUUCCCAAAAGUGGAAGAAGUACUGGUUCAUCCUGAAGGACGCGUGUCUGUACUGGUACAUCAACGGGGAGGAUGAGAAGGCAGAAGGCUUCGUCAAUCUUCCGGAGUUUAACAUCGACCGGGCUACCGAAUGCAGGAGGAAGUUCGCUUUCAAGGCCUGCCACCCCAAGAUAAAGAGCUUCUACUUCGCAGCGGAAAAUGUGGACGACAUGUCCAGGUGGUUGAGUCGUCUCAGCUUGGCCGUGGCGGGCUACUGCGAGCGGGACAAGAUGGCGGAUCGGGAUUACUGGAGCGAAAGCGAGCACGAGGAGGCGGACGCCGCGUCGUCCGUCCACAAACGGGACAGUCCGCCGCCACCUUACGACACGUACCCCAGAACGGCAGCCAUGAGCCCCUUCCUGGACCCGAAAGGCACUCACUUCUCCUCAUCCGACACCUUCCACUCGGGUCCGUCGCACGAGGAUUACGGCUCGGAGCCUCGGGAAGGCCAGAAAGUGAGCAACGCGCCGCGCAACUCUUGGCAGGACCAGACGGAGAUGGAGAGGUUGCGCUUCCUCCGGCCGUAUCCCGCGGAAGAGCCGCCGCCGCCCGGCGACCGGGAACGUCUGGCGCUGGAAUACCGCAGGCAGUCCACGCUGCCCGCCCAGCGUGGCCUUCUGCCGGAACUCUACCGAGCCUCGCCCCCGCCCGUCAGGUCCGACUUGGAUUCGGAGGCGGGAGGGAAACCGCGCAGCUUCACGCUACCUCGAGACAGCGGACUUCACGCCGUCCUGGCGCCGGACGAUAGGUGGCCUCCGCGCCACCGGCCGGAGCGGCCCAAACAAACAGGUCGUGGAAGAGACUCCAGGCUGCAGUCGGACUCUGUGGGGGAUUUGUACCGAGCCCUGGAGCGCACCAGUCUGUCCGCAGCCUCGGCCGAUCACCAGUCCGCCGCCGCCGUCGGCCUGGAGUACAAGCGCUCCUUUGUGCGCAGAGUUCACGACCCCUCGCUCAACGACAAACUUCGCCGGCUGCGCGUCCUCCACGCUUCUCUCAACAAUGUCCCUCUUCAAGACGCAAAGCGCUCAUUGGGCUUUCUAGGAUAAUGCGCAAAAGCGCCCCCCCCCCUUCCGUCCCCCUCCCCUCGCUGGAAAUGAAAAGGUGUCAGGAAGCUUCAUUUUCCGUCCUGCUGUUUUCUUCCCUCUCUGCACACAUUUUCUGUAGUAUUAACAAUGACAACAUUUAUUUUUUUUUCUUUCCAAGCACUUUUGUGUGGCUGUCGUGGAGGCUUUUGUCGGAGUUCCGUGCAGCUCAGCAAGUCCGACGGACUCUUUUUGGAUGUACAGUACGCUCCAUUUUGUUACUUGUACGAUUACUGUAUUGGUUUUUAUGAAGUAUGACGUUGCUACACACGACAUCUCGAGGAUACAGCAUGUGCUGGACUACAAAUUGUAAAUCAAGUGCUGUGCCUCAGUGAUUGUGAAUGUAAAUUGUACUUUUUCCAAGAAUAACCAGAGAAGAAGCCAGGUUCCCUUCAAAAAUAUAUAUUGCAAAUUAAUAUGGGAUUGUCAUCAUAGUUGUCUAUUUUUGUAUGCAUGCACUCCUUUAAGUUGUGGCAAAAAAAAAAAAAGUGUUUAAUUUGAAGAAUACUGGACUGCCUCCUCCUCAAGAAUUGUUUUAAAAAGCAAGGAGAUCAGGGGGGGAUUGUAAUAACUGUUUCAUGUACGAGCAUGUUUUGUAAUACCCAAUACCCCCUCCCAACCUAAACCGCACCCGUUGCGCCAUAUUGCCGUUCCGUCGAAAUAAAGUAUGGCGUGGGCA